AUGUCUGAUAUCAACACCACACUCAUAAACUCUUUUAGCAAACAAUUUGCCCCAACUGUAAGUGCAGAAGACUUUAGUACAAUGCAACAAAGCAUCAUUGAGCAAAGUGCAUGCUGCAAAGAAAUUUCAGGAGGACAACCUUUGCCUCAACUGGUACUUCUUUCUGGCAGCGAUUUGACAAUGAAGCAACUACAGAUUAAGACCUUGAGUCAUAGCAUCAAGUAUGACCUGAUUGACAAUGACUUUCCUGCUUUCAGUAAAGAAUGGAAAGAAAUUCCAGCAAAGCACCGGAACCUUCUCCGAGAAAGCUUCAAAAGUGACAACCAGAAGCAAAAAAGAAGAAUGGCACAGCAAGAUGCAAAUGAUUCUUCAUUGUCUUCUGACAAUAUGUCAGAAACAGAUGGUAGCAAGUCGCCUAUUAUGGUGAAUGUGCUGUCUUCUCUGACAGAAAUGAGUGUUGAGCCAGCAUAUAAGAGAAGCCAAAGAUCGUAG